CCACUCGACUCUUCUCUUGGAUCGCACCCACCCAGCGCAAUGUGACAUGUGGAAUAAAAAUAACAAAAACAUUCGAAUUGGCGCUUAACCACCAGCCUGAUUUCGUAUUAGAAUUUGAGGGUAUUUAAAUUUUCUGUACAUGGACGUUAAUUUGGAUUGCGUUUGCCGGUUUUGCUUGCGGCAUCGCGCCCGAAUGUGGCCGCUUAGAGCGUUGUACGAGCAGCACCCUUCGUUUCUCGAGAAGGUUUAUCAGUGCACUCAGAUCAGCAUAAUUGAUGUUGACGAGUUGCGUAGCUUCGUGUGCCUUAGCUGCUACCGUAACAUCGAACGAUUCUGUGCCUUCCGCGAAAUGCUACAAGGCAACCAGAACGAUUUCCUAGAGCGCUUCCGCUUGGAGCAGCAGGAAGUGCCCGAAGAAUCGGACGAAAGCGGAAGUGAUCACCAGCAAGUACAACUGUCCUUCCACUUUUUAAGCGACGUGGAAGAUUCGGAGUACGAUUCAGACGUACCGGUGAAAGAGCGCCGCUGGGAAGGCUCGGCCCAGAGGCUUGAUGACCAGCAGCAUGAACCGGACGAUUUCGGUUUCGAUGACGAUUGGUUGGACAAAAAUUUAUUUCGCGACCCGAGCAUACCACCGACCGAAAGCGAUGACGAUUCCGCCCCUGCUGAGACGAUAAAAUGCGAAGUGUGCCUUAUGAGAUUCCCGCACCGGACUAGCGCCGGCAGUAGAGAAACAAUUGAUGAACAUUUUUGCGUUUUACGUUAGCAACACUUUUAAUACAAAUUGAGCUGGUUUUCAAUUAGUAUUUUAUGCUGAAAAUCAAAUUAAGUAUACUCAGUUUAUUCUAUACUCAAUAUAUAUUCAACUGAUUAUCUGUUUUA